GUGGGUCUGAAUCGGCCCCACCGUGUUUGUCCUUCGUCACUUUCCGUAGUUUAUUUGUCUCCACAUAAACGCCUUCCUGUCUGAGUAACCGGACGUGCGUGCUGAAGGUCGUGAAUUAAACGAAAUCAACAAUGUCUCUUCCAAAGCCAGCAAUGAGAGGCCUCCUCGCCAAGCGUUUGAGGUUUCAUUUGCCCAUCGCAUUCGGUCUCUCCAUCAUUGCAGCAGUCGCCUUCAAGUUCACAGUAACAGAGCCCAGGAAACAGGCUUAUGCUGACUUCUACAAACAUUACGAUUCAAUGAAGGAGUUCAGUGCCAUGAGGGAAGCUGGUGUUUUUGAAAGUGUCAGACCCACUGGGAAAUAAACCGCUGUCUUGUUAUGUUCCCCCUGCAUUCCUGCUCUACAACUGGAUCUUUAUAAGAUGAUCAGAUAUGAGCAUUGAUGUCUGAUGUUCUUAUUAAUAUACAAAUAAACCAUUGACAACCAUCAUGCUGUAGUGACUUACUGGUGCUUGUACAUGAAAAUAAAUGUUGAAACCUGA